CUCCCGUUUGGGUGGGAUCUUGCGUGUGUGCCGCUUCGCCGCCCGUGGCCAUUAUACGGAGCACCAUAUUACCUCCUCUGCACAUAUAAAAGGGCGCAACACCCAGGACAUCUUAGAUUUCCAAGAUGCCUGCUCCUCCUCAUGCUUUUGCCUACGCGCUGAGUUCGAACCAAGCCUGGGCCGGUUACAAAGGCCAUCAAAACCCGGAUUUCUUCCCGAAGUUGGCUUCAGGACAAUCGCCGGCAAUCCUGUGGCUAGGGUGUUCUGAUUCCCGCUGUCCCGAAACAGUGAUUCUUGGCUUACAGCCAGGCGAUGUAUUUGUGCACCGCAACAUCGCUAACAUUAUUUCGCCGACCGAUAUUAACACGUCGGCGGUUAUCGAGUAUGCUGUGACGCACCUGAAGGUCAAGCAUGUGGUACUGUGCGGGCACUCUUCAUGCGGUGGAGCGGCAGCAGCAUUGGGCGAUGCUCGCGUCGGCGGCGUGCUGGACACGUGGUUGACACCCCUAAAGGCACUACGCAAUGCAAACCGUGAAGAGCUCAAUUCCAUUACGGAUGAUAAGCAGCGGGCGGUUCGCAUUGCCGAGCUUAACGUCGAGGCUGGUGUCGCUGUGCUCAUGGCCAACGCGGCGAUCCAGGACGCUAUCGCCGAGAGGGGCCUGCAGGUACAUGGCACACUAUUCGACAUUGGUAGCGGUCGCAUCCGUGACCUUGGAUUCGGGACAGGCAAGGGAGGUCCCCACGGGUUCGUGGGUGCUGGGGAUACGGACGUAGUUCGGGGUAAACAUGCUAUGUUGGUGUUUAGAACGGAUGGAGCGGGUAUGUCGGUUCGCUAAAGAACGGGAUUGGCGGUUAUACUCUAAGUCGGCGUUGGCUUUUUUGCGAUACAUUGGCGUCUUCAAUUGGUCCAAUGCGAUUUAAUCGAUCGCACUGAGUGGUUUCGGAACGGCACGGCAUAGCGGGAAAGAUAGUGAUAGGUCGGAGGAACUGGGAUUAACAGCGUCUAUUCGCAUGGCGGGCGAGCGUAUUUGUUUGGUGGAUCGGAUACUCGAUGUCAAUAUCAGGUAAAAUACCUAGGUGAAGGUGAAAGGUCAAAGGUCCUUGGCGGCGUUCGAGAAGUCUACAUAUUAGCGACAACAUGUAUGUGCAUUUUAUUAUGCGCAGCUCUUUUGUUUUCUCCAAGUAACGGGAGCCAGUGUUGAUUGGUCAUUAUAUAUUGCCAUGUAAUACCUAUAUGGAUCAAUUGAUUCCUAUAUUCAUAUAUCUUGCGUCGUAUAUUAUUUAUCUGUAUAUGUGUAUGUAUAUGUAGGAGUGAUGAACAUGUCCUGGUUUUAGUUCUGGUUGGUCAAUUAGUACCAAUUUAAUAUAAUUCAUCGUCGCUCUUUCUGUCGAUUUAGGUUCAAUUCUCGUAAG